CCAGAAUUCACCUCUGUGCUGGACGGCGGUUGACACUAAUUAGACACUCGGUACAGGUGUGUGUGGUCCGCAGUGCUCCUCUGAUAUCUUUAGCAGGUACAUAACGACGCGGGAGGCUGUCGAUAUAAUAUGAGAAAACGACAGCCUUAGGAGUCCAGCAAAGUUUCUCAUUUUUCAACAAGGAUACUCGGUCAAAUGAAGGUACCAGAGGAGGAAUCGAUGAGCGAAGUACUGAAGCAGCUGACGGGCGAAUCUGCACUUCCGGUUUACAGUAACGUAGAAAAGUUCAAACGAGGAAAAGAUGGUCUGUACUUUGUUGCUGAGGACUUUCGUGCAACUGUGAAGAAAAGAGAGCUGGUCAACGCCAAGGAGCGGCUGAGAGUGCGUACUGGUUAAAAAAUACACCGAAUUAAUCAUGGAUCUAUUCUAAUGUAACUCACUCAGGUUCAGGUCAAUUGGUGAAAAGCACCCAAAGUCAGUAUGACAGACUAACAGGCAACUUUUGUUGACUUUUUUGUGUCAAAGCUUACUCUAACAGUGACUUAUAAAAACUUGAGCCUCUCUAGAGUAUUCCAGGUUUUCUUGAGCCUCUAUUAACAGGAGCAGGACUGUUGAAACACCAGUUUGCGUCACACUAAAACUGCAAAAUUGACUCGUGUGCCAGGAUUUCUUCCUAUUUCUGUCCACCAGCAGAGACCCAGUGGUUUGCAAUUGUUCGGACACUGCACAGACUUUAUUGUUAAACUUAAAAAAACUACCACAGCAGAGAGGAAUUAUGUAAGCUAUAUUUUAAAAGCUAUAUUUUUGUCGUUUUUUUAAUGUCAUAGCUUACUCUAACAGUAAAUCAUAAACGUAAGACUUUCCAGAGUAUUCCAGGUUUUCUUGGGCCUCUAUUAGCAGGAGCAGGACUGUUGAAACACCAGUUUGCGUCACACUAAAACUGCUAAAUUGCAGGGUUUUUCCUGGCUCAAAUUGAGGCAGAGGUGGCACCAUCCUGACCAUGCGCCACGACGUGCAUGUAUUUGUAAAUACAACCGAUUCACUUUCUUUUACAGGCAACAUACUUUAAGUUAAGAGUUCAAAAAAGAGUGUGACCAUUAUUAUGUUAAAGCAUUAAUUUAUUAAAACUAUAUACAUACACAAAUCAGCUGGCAACUUUAAAUUGAAAGUACACUUCAUCCACACAUCUCGCAACCAUACAGAACAUUUCAGCCUCCUCUUUUUCAUUCUGAAGAACCUCCUCAUGCACUCCUUGUAGUCCAAGGCCUCCUGGUCUGGUCCAUCAACAGCCACCUUACAACAGACAUCCAAGUGCCUCUCCUUCAGUCUGUUCCACAGAGGUGUCUUCACCUUAAACAAAACCAUUCAUCAUGCAUUAAGUAUUUUUGUUUUUAUUCUGAUACAGACAUGAAGAGUGAUAGUGUUCUCAAUCAUAUAUAUGUAUACACUGCAGUGUCCUCCCUAAAAAAAAAACGACAACCAAUUAUUUUUAAAAUAUCUAAACUAUGUUAUUAAUUUUUUGUAACUUUAUUAGUUGAGUUUUUUAGGUACUACCAUCUUUAAUAUAUUUCUCCUUCUCUUCUGCUGCUUUGUGAAUGGCUGUCACUUCAUGUCUUUUUAAUGUGUCCAGCCUGUAGUUGGUUGAUGGCUGUCUCACUAAGGAGGCAGCAAUUGCCUGCUGUGUUGGGGCACAGUGCUUUUGGCAUAAAUAGCAGUGCAUGCCUUCCUCAGUAUGCCUGAGCCAGGUAAAUUGAUUGAGCCAUUGCUUGUCAAAGCCACUGGCUCUGUGUUUUGAGAAGAUCUACAAAGAGAAAUAAAAACCACGUACACGUUGGUUUUGCGUUGUUAUGCUCCUAAUUGAAAACUAAUUAAUUAAUUACCCUCGCCUCGCCGACUCGUCCUGUCCUGCAUUCUGACCCUCGCGAUCACUAGUCCCUUGUGAAGUACUUUCAGACCUGACACAAAUUUCCACGUUGUCACCAACAUGAAUUAUAGCAUUUUACCUGCCUGUUACGUUUUUUCUCUGCUGUGUUUCACCUGGACUCUUGACUUUCCUCCUCGCGAGGUCGCUUUUUAAAGUACUGGCUGAUUUUGCCUGUCAUAUCUAAAACGCUUAAAACGGAGUAAACUUUUUUUUUAAAUAAUAAACACGACAUGCUUGGAUGCAAAAAAGAGAAGCAGUAUUUACCUGUUUGUACCAUCCGCCAGGGAAAAUCAGGACGCCGAUAGCACCAACUAGCGGGAAAAACACUUGAAAAAACAUGAUUCGAUCCGUUUCUUCUUCGGUAGAUGCUUCAGGUCUUUCCGGUGCACUGCUGUUGAUAUAGCGCCUCUAUAGUGGCGCAACCCUGCAACUGCAGUUAAAAUACGUUGCUGCUGCAGAGGGACAUCAAUCGCUCAAUCAACACAGCUGGAGCUUUACGCUGUGUUGAGCGAAAUCAAUCGCUCUGGCUGGGGGCGGCACAAAAUUAGGUGGAGGCGGCCGCCACGCAAUUUUGAACGCAGGAAAAACCCUGAAAUUGACUCCUAUGUUCCAGGAUUAAUUCCUAUUUCUGUCCACCAGCAGAUAUCCAGUGGUUUGCAAUUGUUCGGACACUGCACAGACUUUAUUGUUGGACUUUAAAAACUACCACGGCACAGAGGAGUUAUUUAAGCUAUUACUUUAUAAGGAUCUACAAACGUACGGAAAUGCCAGAAUUAAUUAAACCAAAUGUAUUUAAUUAUUAAAUUUAUUAGCCUUGAUGUGAAAAGCUUACAAAUCUGAAAGACACGCUUUAUAAGUUACACGAGGCAGUUACAAGGCUAGAUCAUUACAUUAAAAUGUUGUAGGAAGGCAGUUUUGGAGGAAAUAAAAUUGUUAGAUUUGAGAAAAAGCGCUUUCGUCCAAAGUGAUCCAAACCACGGACAAAUGGACACAUCGGCCUUACCUUUUUUAUUUGUUUGCCAGAUGCGCUAGGUUUUGCAACAAAGCAAAGUUCAGAAAUUUUAAUUCAAGGACUUAAAAAUGUUCAGCAUUUCACUUUAUAGUUAUCUAACUGUUUUGAAUAUCUUUACAUAACAACCAUUUGUUUAUUUUUUUUCCACACAGAUCAGAAACUUGAACACAAUGUUCUCCCGUUUGAAGCGAAUGGUACCAUUAAUGCGACCUGAUCGGAAGCCAAGUAAAGUGGACACACUCAAAGCUGCGACUGAAUACAUUCGAUUGCUUGUUGCAGUUCUGCAAGACACUGACAAUGUAAGUGCUGCACUCAUCGGGACUUUAUUAAAUGAAAAAAGUCUCCCCUCUUGUCCUCCUAAGGCAGCGCUGCCUCUAAAUGUUGAUUAGUGUCAUUUUUUUCCUUCUCAGGAUGAUGGCGGUGAGACUGAUUUCCUAAAGAAUGCAAUCACUUGUGGCCAGACUGAAGGCUUAGGCAGUGACCUGUGGAGAAUGGAUGACGUGAGUGUUUAUUUUUUCACUGCACUCAGUUCACCUUGGGUAACAUGUUGUGAGCAGCCAGUGUGAUUAUUCAUUCAGACAAACCUACAUUAAAAGUGUUUAGUAAAAGCAUUAGUUAAACUGUUUUUGAUUACAUCCCUAUGGAGUGAACAGAGUGACAAAAACCAACUAUUUCAUCAUUAAAAGCAUCAGGGAGGCAAUUUUUAACAGAGCAACCAUCACAACCUUGGAGCUUUUGAGUGGUUGUGGUUAAACUUUCAAGUUACCUGACCUGAAAUUAACUGACCUGCGCCUGUGUUGUAUUUACCGAACAUCAGUCUCCAGGCAAAAAUAACCUGCUCAAACAAAUAAAUAUGUGAAAAGGCUGCAGUGUAGGCAACCAAAUGGAAAAUGCAUCGAUGAGCCAUAACAUAAUGACAACACGCCUAUUAUGUGGAAAGGUCACAGCUUAAAACAACCCUGACUCAGUCAAAUCAUAGCACAUCCUGCGGAUGCUUGUUUAGAUUGAGGUCCUUUAAGGCCACUGUCUUCCACUGCUCUGUGGUCAGUGUCUAUUAAAGAUGCUUUCUGUGAUGUACAGGGGUCAAUCUAGGAACCCCUAGCUAUGCAGCCUCAUACAGAAACUACGCUGCUUUUGAGCCUCAUUCCUUAGACCAGCGGUUCUCAACUGGUCUCACUCUGGGACCCAGAUCUUCCCAUUGUCCUUAAUUUGCGACCCACUUUCACAGAAUUCAAACAAAGCUAAUUUAUUUUGUAUUAAAAAAAAACCUCAAAAGAUUCUAAUCUUUAACAAAAAAUCCACUUGUUUUAUUGAGUGAAGUGCAUUUCAGAGUACACGAAGGCUGCAAAAAUGAACCACACAAAGAAUCAAGCUGGCAGCCUCUCGCUGCAGCAUCAAUCACAAAUCAUGACAAUCUUGAUAAAUGAACGGACGGAACCGGACCGAAGGACAGUAAAGGUCCCAAAAAUCCCUAGAACUGUUCCUUUGUUGCCCUCUUAUACCACCCAAAUGGCGUCAUUAGUCUUAUUCCCGUAAGCGGCCUUCACGUUGGUGUCUGACAGCCAACAAUGUGACUUCUUCUGUAAAAAUGCACAUAUUUUUGCUGGCCGGCACCGCCAGUUUUCCUCUCUGGACUCGAGAUAACAUUUAUUCUUGUGUGGAAAGUUCACCAUGACCUGUCUAUUAUUCGCUCCCACACAUGAAGAUGACAACUACUGAAGUUGUUUAUACAGAAAAUAUCAAAUAUGUCAAGUACAUGUCAUGAAAUCAGAAACCAGAUAAUAAACAUAAAGCCAAGAAUGAUUAUCGUAUUCAGAUGUUUCCCUUUCUGCCAUGUAUUGAAAAAGAGCUUGGUACGAACAUGUAAAAUACACAAGAAUUCAUCUUUCUUUAGAUUAUGUGUUUGCACAGAGAAUAUCAAUCGGAAAAGGUAUGAUUUAAUUUAAAAAGCCAUACACAGUGCGAGGGAAAUGUUUUUCCUGCUUAUUAAUGAAAGCCAUUACUACAGAGGUCUAUACUAAAGAGAGAUGCCAACUGUAAAUAAGGGUUUUUAGUGGAAAAAAAAACAUGGGUGUCGUGCUCAGGGCUUCAAUAUUUAUGUUUUAACUUAAAUGAUGAAUUGGUUUCACUAUUCAUAUAUUCAAAACAUUCAUUAAGUGUGUAAAGGAAAGGGAGUAUGUUGCGAAACACUACCCUACUCACCUCUGGUUUAUGAAAUGGAAGCGUCCUUGAAGGAGAAGCGGGUCGUGCGCCGCAUCACAGUAAUGGUAAUUCAUUUGUCAAGUUUUUACCUCUUCUGUUUAUACAAAUUUCCAUACGCACAAUCAUCUCUCGUCUCAUUUGUUUCUAACAGGUACAUUUCAUUCAGGCACUCACUUUAACCUGAAAUGAAUGGGCUCAUUCUAUUAACAUCUGACCUAGCAGACUGAAUGCUUUGCAGAAAUACUGCACAUACAAGAUGAAAAUGCACAAAGGCGUAAUUUAUGUAGAUUUAUGUGGAUGCUAAAUGCCGAUAAAUACCUCUCACACUACACUUUUAAGAGAGUUUCACUUUACCUGGUGGGACCAAAGUGAAGCCAGUCCAUUCAUGACAAAUACAAACACAGUGGAGUAGAUAAAGUCUGAUCUUCAAUCAUAUGAAUCGUUUUUGCAGUUUCAUUCAUUUCUUGCUCCUUUUCCAAGUUUUGAAAAGUGUCGCUGCAUCAAUUGUUUGUUUCAACAGCAACAUAUGAGGUUUCGCUGUUUGCAGAUGUUCACUUUUUUUCUGUUUAUGUCUCACACUGUGUCCUAAAUUUUUAAGAUAAGGGUUGUACAAAGGAUAUAGUCGAGUCGAGAGGGUUGUGCUUUAAAGCUUUAUUAGACCAGACGUAAUUCUGUCAAAGAUGACUGAUGUAAAAACCUACUUACAUCCACCUUUAAACCUCUCAAUGUGCUCUAAAAGCCCAUUUCAAACUUGCUACUUCACAUAGUCAAGCUCCUGUCGUACAUAGAGCUUGUUACUGACUUUGUAUUCAUACACUGACAGUCUGCUGUGAAGUGUUUGUGCCUUCUGGACACGGAUAACUCUCGCUUUUAAGUACAGCUGUUUUCUUUAUGAAAAAAUGCCCUGAAAAUACUAAACUUGCGCUGUUUUAAUUGCAUUGAGUUAAUAGAUUCACAGUCAGUGUUUCAGCUGUGCUGUAUUGAGAUUUUCAUUAAAUGCUUUUUUCCUGACAGUUUCUGAACAUGGCAGAGGAGAACAUAGAAGAUGGGUUCACUUUGACUCCAGAACCAGUAGCAGAGGACGGAGACAUGAGCAAACUGGUGUUGCAACAUUGCGUGAUGCCUUCGUACCAGUUCAUCAUCCAAGUGGCACCUGAUCAGAGCUCGGUAACUCGCUGGACUUUCUGUCUGUUGUGUUUCAUGUUAUACUCGGUUAUUUCUGUAGCUGUAUCACGUGCAGGUGAGCAGGGGUGUCGAAGUGGGGGGAAGAGGAACCAGGUGUAAGAUUUCAGGUUCAGCCUGGAGGGGCGUCCAUGGAGUCGAGUGAGUGAUGCUUCAGGUAGCACUAUGUCCCCCCCAUAGAGGUGAAACCAGGAUUUCAAAAACUUAAAUAGAGAGCAAAACUGAAGGUAAAGACCUUUUGACAAGUUUCUUUUAAAUAGUGAGAAUAACUCGUACAGUUUCAGAACAAUUGAAGCUCACAUUCAUUAACUACAUUUAAUACAAUCAGUCAGAAUUCUGUCAACUCUGUCAAGCUUACGUUUCAUUUAUAAGUUUAACAAAAUUGUCUUAGCGUCAUAGCUACGAUCUCAUCUGACCUUCGAUUAAUAGAAACUACCUUACGGUGAAAUUGGUUUAAUGCACUUUCUGAUUUUAAUGAUAUGUGGACUUGGUGAUAGCUUUUAACUGAGGUGAAAUUAUACACUAUCAACGAGAUGAAAGUGAGUUCAGCUCUGGGAGCAGACAGAGCGGAGUUAGAAUAUGAAAGAGAUGAAAUGAGAAAAUAAUGAGAAUAAUGAAGGAAGGGGCAGCGGAGGGUGAAGAGAAAGGAAAUCAUUCAUUUGAGUGUGUUCAGAGAAGCUGACCAUCAACUGAUUCAGCACAGAGACAGUUGUUUUCACAGUGGAAAGAGAGAUUAGGACAUAAAUAGAAAGACACAGAAAUAGAAUUUGAUUGCCAAGCCAUACAGAUCCUGCUGUGGAAAUAUCACAUUUACUUUUCAGGUUACUUAUUUCUGACUUCAGGAGCUGUCAAACAAAUCUAUAGUUGUUUGAAACAGGGUUUAAUCCUUGUAUAGGGCUGGUUUAGCCUGUGGGGAAGUGAAGCAAUUACUGAUGCAGUCGCAGGAAAAAAAAAAAACCAAAAAAAAAAACCACUUAAUCACGACACAGAAAAAUGAACUUAGUUUAUGCAUUUGAAAAGACUGACAUUUACAUUAUGCCACACUAUUACGACAAGGCUGUAACCACACACGGAGAGAUGAUUGACCUUAAAUUAGAAUUUCAGUCAGCGUGCAGGGCUUGUUUCAGCCUCCUCUUUGCAAUUCAUCUCACUCAUUCUCAGUUUAUUCUCACAUAAUGGAAACAGAGUAGUUCAAUAAAACCAUAUGUGAGAGUAGAUAGAUGAUUAUAUUUGAUACAACUAUAAGAUAGUAGAGAGGUCAAGGGUUAGAAAUAUACGAAAAGGCUUCCUGAUGUGAUCAAGAUAAAAGAAGCGCACACGUGGUUAACAGCUCCUUCUUCAACAGAGGAAUAAUAAAUCAAAUCAAUCACGAUUGUUUUCUUCUGCGAAAGCUCCCUUAACAACAUACUUCAGAUGUAAGGCUGAGGAAAUAUUAUAAUCCUAUAAAUUCCUGACAUUAUCCAGCAGGAGUUGAAUCAAAACUGCCAAUCAACAAGCACUUGAUUGUCUUGAGAGAAGCUGUAACAUCUGAUGGAUUGAAACCGUCCCCUCAAGUGCCACGCCAUCUGAUUGGAUAAUUGAAGGUGAAGAGGUUUAGAUUGCCUUAGGACUGUUUUUCCCGCAGUCCCUACACUUGUGAAAUUAUGCCUUUCCACACGAUUGGCGUGACAAGCUGUUCAGUUUUUUCACCUUUCUGAGGCUAAACAGUCUGACAAGGUAAACUCACCUUUGAUAAGGACAUCUUUGUAAAGUGAAAGCGUCAACAUGCGCAGAGGUGUCAAAACCGUGAAAUAAGAUUUUAAGACCUCGUCUUUUUCUUUUUCUUUUCCCCACAGAUCACUCAACCCUUCUGAGUGGAGUUAAAAGCAGAUGUCCUGGACCGAUAUUGGAGAUCUUCUGGGUUGUGCAAAUCAGUAAGCAUUACAAAAACAAGAUUCAGAAGAAGAUUCAGGUGAAAUCCACACUGUUGCAACACUGAAUGAAGGCAGAGUCACUGUCACAGAGAUGAUGUUUGGGGUCAUGGUGUUAAAAUGACUGCAGCUUUGUUUAUUAUUAUUAUUACUCUUUGUAACGCUGGGUGGUCUUUUUGGCAGUACAGCUGCUGUAAGUGACCUGAAUUUGAACUCUGAAAAUGGAGUUCAGUAUAUACAUGAUGCCCCCGUGUGGUCUGAAAGAAGAUGGUCCCGUUUUCAGCUCUGCUGUUGACAAAUUGAACCAAAAAGAAACACAGUGUGAAAUGCUAAACAGACAAGAGUUAGUGUUGAUCUCUGAAGUUUGAGGCAUAAAAACCAAACAUUGUUUGUUCUUGGACCUGUGAAUGUAAACUCAAAGUUAAACAAGACUUGAGGAAUUGGAUUACAAACUGGUCGAACUGGUUUGAAGCUGUCAGAUGUCGUCUUAACAUUUAAAAACCUGCUCGACUCAACAAACACGUGCAAGGACAGGAGUAAUGACUGUGAAAUAUUUAAUAGGAAGGACACUGACAUCAACAUUAAUGAGGUAAAAGUCUUUUCCAAAACCUUACCCUCUGCCUCUGUUUGUGCUUUUACACGGAGGGUCCAGCAUAUGGAGAGUGUGGGCUGAUGGGGGGUUUAACCUGCAGGCACAUAAGCCUGCAGCUGGAUUCAGUUUGAGAAAAAGAGAAGCCUUUGGAGAGAAUUCCGACUCACGUUUUUCUUGAAAUUCCUGACAGAGAUCUUUAAAUAAUUUAAAGAGAGUGGAAGUGUCGGUGACAGAAGUGAUUUCCAGCUUCGAUUGUCAAAUAUUGACGUGUGAGAAGGAUGCUCUCUGAAGUACACUUUGAUAGGGCUUGUGUGUUUGACAGAUGGUGCUUUCAGGCCCACGGUGAGCCAGUGCAGAAACAGAUGAGGGUUUGAUGUUGGAGCCUGCUGGGGGGCAUGUUAGCUUCACGUAAUGUUACUGCAGCAACAUGAUCCAGAGUUCAGGUGAUCUGUUUCUGCUGCAGAGUAGUUAAAACACUCGUUCAGUUCAAAUGAAAUGCCUGAAUCCCAUCAAACUGUUUGUCCUUUUUGAGCUGCUCCACACAGUUUUAAUCAGUUUUUGAGAUUGAUUGAUGUAAGUUUGGACGUUAUGUGGUUUAAUUUUAUUUUUUAAUGUGAAAUUUUAACUUUAACUUUAAGACUCAGCUCACAAACACUGAUGCUUUCAUCACUUGGGACCUUUUCAUACUGAAGUAUAUUAAACUCUGGAGCACAGGAGGUAAAUAAAAUACAAUAAAAACCCUCUUUAGGAAUUUCCCCCUCUGGUUUGAAAUAUGAUGCUACAGCGCCCUCUUCUGGUAGUGUUAUUGUCCUGAUCACUGGUAGGUGGAAUUAGGUAGUACACUCAAAUGCACCAGAUCUUUUGGAGUAAUCCAGGUUACAAACUGACGUCUCGAAGGUGUUUUGUCUGACUAAAUAUUUCUGUUUUUCCUUGUAGGGGCCUGAUGCUUUGAAGAAAAGGAUCAUUUCUUGAAGACAAUGCAGUUUUAUUUCUCUUAUUUAAUUUGACCAUUUAAAUUUAAGUUUUGUUUUGAGUAUGUAUGUGCUUUUAUUUUCAUUCAACAAACUGUGUCCUUGGCAGGCCCUGAAAUAAAUUAUUCAAGAAUGCUUAA